ACAAUGUGGAUGACAGGCGCAAAACAAUACUUAUCAUUUGAUGUACCAACAAUUUGGCGACAACCAAUGUGUCACGAAGUUGAUUGCUACUUCUGCUUGACUAAAAUAAAGCAACAUGGACGUCAUAAAACAGUUGAAUAUGCACAUGUAAACUCCAUGUCAAAACCAGUUCCACAUUCACUCUCAGUUAAAUAUCCUGUUUGCCCCAAAAGGAAAAAAGAAUGUAGUGAAUCGCCAGAAUCAAGUAAUCAUGCCGAGUGUAAGACUGACAUUAGUUUUAAACUUGAAAAAAUUCCGAGAUUAUAUGAAAAUUAUUAAAAAAGAUUAUAUGAAAAAUUGUAAAAUUUUCCAUCGUUUUCCGUAAAUGGUAGAAAUUUCCUAAAGAAUUAAAAAUUUUAAAAUCGAUAAAUUUCGU